UAUCAACUUACAUCUUGACCACCCGACUUUUGCUUUUUGACACGGGCUUCCACCCUAUUCACGCAUGUACCUCUUGCGUGGCAUCUUAAAGCGGCACCGUAUUUUUCCAGUGCUCGAGAGAAAUAUACCACUUCCCCCACGCCUAUGUCGACCCUGCUUCCUUCAGCAUCUGCCCCUAUCUCUCCAAUCAAAUCAUCUUACUGCUCUUCCAAACCUCUUGCCGCUUCAACAAAGCUACGUCGCCAAGAUGUCCGACUACCUCAGAUACUUCGACCCGGACGUUUUGUCGGACAACGAAGAAUACGCCUUCGACUUUGAUGACCUGGUCAACAUGCCUCCAAUUGGCCAAGAGCAGCAGGAGCCUGCUUCUGACGUCGACCUUGCCCUGCUGCCUGAUGCUCCUGCAGCUCCCGUGGAACCGUGAGGGCUUUUUUUUUAGCACUUGCUAACAAAAAGGGUGUGGGCAGUUUAUGCAUCUAUGCAACCUUUAUUAGACCUAUGAAUGAUAAGGCUCGCCUCAAAUCUUCUUCGAGCCUGCCCAACCAACCAACCACAUUAGAAAAUAAUCAUGACUUGGGUACACUUGAUCAUCAUCCAGUUCUUGGGCUCACUGAGCAUUCAUGCAUUGAGUGCAACGAAUCGUUCCAAACUCGGGGGCAGCUGAACGUUCAUGCGGGGCAAACAAUGCAUUACUUGUUCGCAUGCUCAUGUGGUGAAAAGUUUUCACGCCUCGAUGCUCGGAGCCGUCACAUCAGCUCCUUUCGCAAAGGCUCCCCAUCCUACCCCUGUAAACUCUGCAAGCGUCAUCGCGGUAGGAAGGCCUUCCACCGGCGGGAUCAUCUUGUUCAGCACCUGAGAGGUUACCAUUUGCUCGACGAAGGAGAAAUACGCAAACAUUAUCCUACAAAUGUAUCUCGCGUACCGUGGUCCUACCUGGUUUUAGUAUGUCCUUUUGUUGGAUGUGAACAUCAUCGCGGCGAAGAGUUUCGAAGACUUAGCAUAUCUGACCAAAGAGAACAAAGUCCUUUCAAGAGGAUAUCUCACUACAACAAACAUCUCAAAGAUGCCCACGGCAAAAUACCAUUUCCCUGCUAUGUGCAUGGAUGCGAACGAGUUGGGACCAAAGGCUAUUUGCGUCAGAUGGACUUGAAGAAGCAUCUAGCUACUCAGCACCCAGAUGCCCCAGAGUAUUCGCCAGCUCCCCGAAGGAGAGAGCAGUACAACUGCCCUCAUUGUGAGCAUUCUUUCGAAGAUUUGUUUGACCUUGGUAUACACUAUUGUAACCCCCCACGCAGCCUUAAUGUGAUUAGGAGAGCUUCGGUGGAAGGAGAGGCUAGCUAUUAAAAGAGCCAAUAUUGUUGUGUGCUUUUCGAUUGGUCUUUAUGACCAUAUUGCCAACAACCUAUUCUGAGACUGCGAUACUGCUAUCACCAUAGCAAUUGUUGUAUCAGUUAUCUGAUUUUACGAUCUCGGGGUAUUCGUUUACACACCACAGAAUGGAGAUAUACUUGGGUAUAACAUACCAGCAACUAUUGUUUAUCAUUUUUCUUUCGUGUUGGGUGGAUAAGUUCGGGGAAAUCUGCACGAUUAUUUCUUUACCUUUCAUGUUAGCCACUUCUGUCAACAAGGCACUUCAGUCAGAUUGUUUUCUCGUGUAUUCUCAUCUUACGGUCUUUCCCCUAUGCCGACUCUUACUACCUAUCGCUUAUCAAGUUGUUUCUUAGUUUAUCACAAUAGCUAUUCACUCUUUUCAGGGAUAUGUGUGUCAGCAAAUUCAAAUAUCCACCUUCUUUCAUGACCAAAUUCAAAAUUGUGAGCUUAACAGUUUACAUAUAACGGCCUUGCGUCGAUGCUCAUACUACCUUUUGUGCUUGUUCCACUUCAACUUGGAAAUUGCUUCUUGAUCAAACUUUUUGUGAGGAAAAUAUCGUGUCCACUGGUCCUUAUUAG